UCUGCUUAAACUCCCGUAGCACAAUGCACUCUAAAAAUAAUUUAGAAAUUCUGGAUGAAGAUGGAUAUACUCAAUUAAACUUUAACUUGCGUGACAUCACCAGAAGACCCACGGUCUCAAAAAAAGGAAUUCAAGCGGCAUCUCCUCCUUGGCGGCUCAUUGCUGUGAUUGCGGGCACACUGUGCUUGGUUCUACUGGUGGUUGCUGCAGUCUUGGGUGCCCUGGGGAGAAGGCCAGUGGAGAGCGACAGCUUCCCCUCAAGGAGUCAUGAGAACUACAAACCCACAAAGUCAUCUUUAAGCAAGACUGUGGCUCCUUCCAAGGUUCCCCAAACCACAGGAUACUUUUCGCCGUCUUGUCCCCCUAAUUGGACUGUACAUGAGAGGAGCUGUUAUCUAUUUAGCAUGUCGCUAGAUUCAUGGAAUGGAAGUAGGAGACAAUGUUCCCAGCUGGGCUCUAGCCUACUGAAGAUAGAAAACUCCAAAGAAUUUGAUUUUAUCAAAAACCAGCUGUCGCUUCAUGGUGCUCAUUCGUUCUGGAUAGGGCUUUCUCGCCUUCCGCCCGAGGGACCAUGGCUGUGGGUGGACAGCUCGGCAUUCUCGUCCGGUUUGUUUCCUAUCAGAAGCACAGAGACCGAGAAGAACUCACUUCACAACUGUGCAUGGAUUCAUGGGUCAGAGGUUUAUAACCAAGUCUGCAAUGUUGCCUCAUUCAGUAUCUGCAAGAAGCAGCUCUCAAUGUGAGGUGGGCAGAGAAGAGAUAAGCAGGUGAGACUGUACAAAGGGCAAACCCGUGCACACACAGAGGAAACAAGACCUGGAUGAGGACGAGAAAACACAACAGAAAAGAGUGAUGUUGGAGGUCAAAGUAAUAGCCGAAAACGUUAGGAGACCCGCUGAACUUAAAUCCUCAUUGAGAACUGGAUAAAGAGAC